AUGGGACCUGCCGACGGCCGGCCCCCGAUCGCGGUCCUCGCGGUGGCCCUCGCCUGGGCUGGCUGGCGCGCCGUCGAGGGCUCGCCCGCCUGGCUGGAGGCGGCGUGCCCUGCGGCGCCCCAGUGCCCAGCCUGCCCGGCCUGCGCCUGCCCGCAGGUGGAGCUGCAGGGCCCGUCGCCUGGGGGACAGGCUGUGCGGCUGCUGCUGCCGCCCGUGCUCACCAACCCCUUGGGCGCCGAUCCGCUGCGGUUAGACAUGGCGCGCCUCCCGCUCGACGUGGAGGCGGAGUGGUACAGUGAGCUGGCCUUCGGCCAGUAUGGCGCCGUGGAGUGCGACGGCGACGGCGUAGAUGACGAGAGUAGCUUCCUCCAUCUUCUCGGCGAUGACGUUUGGUGGAUCUUUGGGCCAGACGGCGAUGAGUACUUCCUGGACGAUGGCUGCCAGGGCUUUUCGAACGGCACCGUGCUCAGCCACCAGUUGCCCGCCAUUCGCGUGCCGCCGCCACAGGAGGUAGGCGUUUCGGGGACGUCGAAGCGGCACUUCGCGGACGAUGGCUCCGCCAGGGUGGUGCAUCUGCCAGUCGAGGUAGGGUAUCUGGCGUACGGCUGCGACCAGGUGAGUCUGGGUGCUCCGACGGCGCUGGAAGUUUUGUGUGAGCGACUGGUAAGCUUCGUGGCGGCUCACGCUCAUCCGCGCGUCGUGCCGUGGGAGGUAGCGGAGUGCUACGCUGACGUGCAGCCCACCGAGGCGCAGGCGGCGGCGACGGCAGCGCGGGCAGUAGCGCUGGAAGCGAGGGGGUCCCCCGACCCUGGUCGGCUUCAGGGGGCUGGCGGCCGCCCCGGACUGGCGGCCUCGCGGGGGCAGCGAAGCUUGUUUCCGCUCCCUCUGGUGCCGUUGGAUUCGGUGCGCCCGGGGCGCGGCAGCGAUCGCCUUGUGAUGGUGAACGACGCGCUGAAAGCAUUGAACCGGAUGGCAGGCUGGAAGGAGUUUUUGUGGGCGGAUCGCGGCCCAGACGGUCUGCCCGAUGACGUGCAGGCGGACGUCCAGUGGAGGGUGUGUGAGUUGGUUAAUAGCUGGUACCUGCGCCAUCCGCCUCUCAGCGACGAGGCGGCUCUCAAGAAGUUACUUCAAGGACAUUCCCCAUAUCAGGCUGCGGGUUGUCCGACACGGGUCACGUCCUUCAAGCUCGACCUCCUGAGCCUCCCCGGCUCUGUCCGAGGGUGUCCACUGAUCGCGGACGUGGCGCCCUCAGAGGUUAUCGGAUUCCUGGGGGACUAUCACGAGCGCAUGUUGGCGCCGCCCGUUGAGAAAUACGAAACGGCCCCCUACUUCGAUCCCAAGCCACGUUUUAAUCAGAAAGAAUAUCAUCGACUCCUCCGCCGUUUGGCAGACAUUGGCGUCAUUACUUGGACCAGUUCCCCGAAGUGCCAUGUGGGUCUCUUCACGGUCGAGAAGGAUGGCGGUGCAGCCCAGAGGUUGAUCGUCGACGCCAGGCGGGCCAAUGAGUGCUUUCAGGCGCCGCCCGGGGUGUCGCUCCUGAGUUCGGAGGGCCUGUCGAGAAUAGAGGUGGAGCUGCCCGCGAGCGCGCCGCUGGGGCCCGGACAGGCCGCAAAGUUGUUGGAGGACUUCUGCCUCUCGAUCGGCCUCUCGGACGUCUCGAACUGUUUCCGCAGGUUGCGCGUGCCAGCUUGGCUGUCUGACUACUUCUGCCUCCCUCCUGCGCCGGCUCACGUGAUGGGCGCGUCGGGCGCGGAGGUUGACGGGAGUGUUCUUGGCCGCGCGGAGGCAGUGACGCCGUGCUGGGCCGUGCUCCCCAUGGGCUUCACCUGGAGUCUAUGGAUCGCUCAGAUGAUCAACGAGACCACCGUGACCAAGGUGGCGCCCUCUCUUCCUGGAUCCCCUCUGCACGAUCGCGGGCCGCCGCUGGUGGUGAGACCUGCCCUGGGGGAGGAACGAGACCCGCUCAGUCACUAUGUGUAUGUAGACAACCUCGGAGUGAUAGGCGUCUGCGAGGCCGCAGUUGGCGACGCGCUCGAGCAGCUGGGGGAGGGCUUCAAUCGCGAGGGGCUGCUGCUGUACAAGUCGGAACGCUCGCGCGGCGGCAUCGUCGCGCUCGGCGCGGAGCUCGACGGGGCGGCGCCGCGGACGCGCGUCACGCCCAAACGAUUCUGGAACAUAUGCCAGGCUUUGGGCGCGCUGCUGCGGCGCCGGCGGGCCAGCGCGCGGGCGUUUGAGGUCGUCUUGGGGCGCUGCACGUUUGCCGCCUUGUGCUGCCGAGGCCUGCUCAGUGUCUCCCAUUCGGUGUAUGCCUCCGUGGAGCGGGGCCGCGCCUCAGGACGGGCGGGGCCGCUGUGGGACGAGUGCCGCUCCGAAUUGCAGGCCUUCAGGUCGCUAAUGAUCUUCAUGUUCAGUGACUGGCUCCGAAGCUGGAACGACCUGGUGGCCCAGACCGACAGUGGCCUUGAGGGGUGCGCGGUGGCGCAGGCGUUCUGGCCUUGGCAGGCCGCGCGCGAGGCUCGGCCGAGCGAGGGCCAGCGGGGGCUCGAGACGCUGGCGAGCCAGAGGAAGGCCACCUUGCGGCCACCAGGCGCCCAGCCGGCGCUGCGCGGCAGGCUGAGUGGGAGGCGCCACGGAAGGACCCCCUCCGACAACGAGGAUCGCCUGAAGCCCGCGCCCAGGCUGGCAGACGUCGGCGAGAGCAGCAGCACCAGCGGCGAGGGGGGGCCACGGCCUGGCGCCGCGCUGAGAACAGCGCGGAAGCGCACGGGCCGCCAGAGAGGACGAGAGCAGCUGAUCACCGUCCUGACGGCCGCGGCCGGGGGCGGCCACCGCUCCCCCGGCGAGAGCUCGGUGGCGCUGGAGGUGCUGGAGCGAUGCCAGAGCCGGUCGGCGGGCUUCGACUUUUCGGAAGGAGAGCGCCCGCGGGUGCACGGCGAGCUGGUCGACGGCACGCGAAUGGGGCACCUCAGUUUCUUCCUCUUCAUGAGCCGGGGCGCCAGCGAGGGCAUUCAGAUCCUUGCAGGCCUGAUGUCUUCGACGGCGGAGCUCUCGAGGGCCGGCCGCUGCGGGCCCCCCCGGGCCUGCCGUUGCCGGAGGGGCUGGCGGCAAGGGGCCCCCGGCCGCAGCUGGCGCAGCUGGUCUCUGACGUUGUGGGCUGGACUGGCCAGGAUGUUGACUGGCCUUUCCCCUCUGCAGGCCGCGGUCCUGCGGUCGGUCUCGCUGGGCAGCCGCUGGAGGCCGAACAAGCUGAUGAGUCUCAAGCCGCGUGGUACGAUUGCGCCUGCAGGUGGCAUCUCCCUUUCCUCGAGCCUGCUGUUCUCCCUCUCACAGCGGAUCGAGCGGAGCAGGGCCACCCGCAGCGACGUCAGCAUCGAGAUGGACUCGCCGCUCUUGCGGUUCAUAAGGCCCGUCCAGAGAGUGAUGGCCGAUGGGCCGAAGGACGAGAUGGUUCGGACGGUCGCGUAUCUCCAGAGCCCCCGGAAGCCGAACGUUUCGCGGGACGAGCCAGGCAUCGCAGAGACGAUAGUGCAGCACCAGAGGCGGCACGUGGGACCGUCGAUCGACAUCUUCGGGCAGCAUCGGACGGUGUCGGAGGCCCAGCGUCGCGGACAGAGUGGAAGCAUCAUGAGUGUCCAGCGGUGCGACGAGGGCGUCAGGUUGUCGAGGAGUUGGGAGCUGCUCCCAGACAGGAGAUCCCAGCUGCUGGAGGCAUUUGGAGCAGCGCUCGAGGACAUACCCCCCGGCAGACCGCACGACGUGGCGCCCCAUUGGCGGGGCAUUUCAAGAGUCGCUACAUCUUCGACCUUUAUGCGGGGACUGGUGGCGUCGCGCGGGCCGCAGUCCAGCAAGGUUGCAAUGCUCAUGCGUAUGAUCGGGCCCAUGGGCCCAGCGAGGGAGAUGCUCACCCCCAUUGGGGGCCGGCAUCUGCCCUCCCUCGUGCCUAGAGCAGCGCCCCGCCGCGAGGACACGAGCGACUGGAUGCACUCCUUCGUGGCGCGGGCCAGCUUCAACCUGGGCUACAUGCACCAAUUCGGACUCGGCGCGGUGCUGAUGGCGGACGAACGCCCGACAGUGCUGAUGCCGGGCGAGUGCUUCCGACAUCCCGUCUUGCAUGAUGACGGGUCCGACGCGGGCUCUGUGGUUGGCGUGGUGCGCAGAGUGAUGUCGGACAACCCAGGGGGCACCGCCUACGAAGUGGAAUACUUUGCUGCUGGAGACCAAUACCUGUCAUGGUGGCUUAACUCACGGAUUGCGAAGCGAGAGAAGAUGAUCUUACACGUGUGUCGUGGGCCAGUCUCGCGAUGUCGCUACACGGCACCGCGGGCGGGGUGCCAGGUGUUCCACACCAGAGCGCCCCAGAGGCUCACGGCCGUUCAGGCAGCCGAGCGGCACAUGGCAGUGCUCCAGCACGAUGAGGAUUGCCCCGAGCUGCCGGCUGAUGUCGCUCUGGCCGCCUUAGAUGAGGCUGAGGCCGCUGAGGAGGACGAGGAGCCGCCGCCGAGUCGCGCCGCUUUCGCUGGCCCGGCCAGGAAGCGCCCCGCCGGCGUAGGCAAGGCUUGGGGCGACCUGGUGGAGCUCGACGGCGAUGAGGAGGCCGACGAGGCGGACGCGGACGCCUUCGCUGAGCUCGACAGGGAGCUCGCAGCGCUCUCAGGCAAGUCCGAGGGCACGAAGAGCUCGGCGAAGGACGGCUACCUGGAGCGCCUCAACAAGUUGCGGGAGAAGCUCGCGACAGUGCGCGGCCCGGAGGCCGCUGCGGGCGGGGCCACGGCCGCCGCACCCACCAAGAAGGCCAAGCUCGGCGAGGUGGCCCAGGCGAGGAUGACUGGACAGGCGCCGAGUGCUGCCGCUGCUGGUCCAGCAGAUGGCAGUCGUGCUCGCGGCUCAGGCGGGCGGGCAGUGCUGAAGAGGCUCGCCGAGUACCUGAGUCAGAAGGGCGACGACGACGACGGCCUGUUUGACAGUGAUGAUGAUCGCGUCCCUGGCGGGCGCCCUGUGGCGGCCCGCCGCCUCGCGUACAAGAAGAUAGCGGAGAAGCAUCCAGGGCGCCUCUCGAAGAGGGAGAUGGAGAACGUGGCGCAGUUUCUGGACCAUGAUGAUGCUGGAGGUGUGAACAAGCAUAGCCCCCUGGCGCUCAAGUUCUUGCUCCAGGUGCUGAAGCCCGCGCACCCCAUUCGUGAGAUUGGCGAGGACCGGUACCGCGAGCUGCGGACGCUCGCGGAGAGUGCGGACCUCAUAGUCUCAGGCAAGCCCAUUCACGCCCUGGACUUCAUCUUCAGCAGGAUCAAGGCUGUCCAGAAUACCAUACGGGAUGGCCAUUCGAGGACGGCGAAGUGGUUCGAGCUCACCCCCCCCGACAAUGGUGGAUUGAGCCUCUCAGUUGAGGACGAGGAGCUCGCCGCGGGCAUCGAGGCCGCCGAGGUGCGCAUGGCCCAGCUGCUCGGGCGCCUCGGGGGCCGCGGCGUCGGCCAAGAACGCGGCGAAGCCGAGCGAGCCGCAGAGGCGGGUCGUGCUGAGGCAUUGAGCGCGAUGAGUGACGCGGCUAUCGGCAGCGAGGUGGCCGCGCUGACCUUGGGCCAGUGGAAGGCGGACAUCGCCUCGCGCAUGUGCCGCAGCGGCCCAAGCCAAAUGACAAUGCUGGAGAUCGGUUUCGGGAUCCUCACCAGUGUCAGGAGAAUGCCAAGUUGCAUUGGAGAUUUCGCUAGAAGGUUCCCUGUGGGCGUCGCGCCACAAUCGCCGGAGGCUGGUGUCGGGCGUGAUGUGCUGCCCCUGCCAGUAAGGGAGCCGGCAACCUUCUUCGCCUGGGAACGUGAUCUGAAGAGAAGAGGAAUGUUGGACGGUGAGGGAUCCCCCGUGGAUGUUACGAAGUGGCCAGCUGCUCUAAAGAAGGAGGCCCAAGCCAUGGCGGUCGAGGUGUGGACUUUCCUGAGCGCGCUGGGCCUGAACUACCUUUACCUUGGGCACCUGAGCACGGACCGCUGGGAAGCAGCCGGGCGCCUUUCUGAGGUGCAGGCCGCCAGCCUACGUGUGAUCGGUGAGGCGGUCGAGUGGCGCGUGGGCGACGCGUUGGCGGCGGUGGACGUCCCGUUCUGGCCUCAGGAGAUGAAGAAGACGAAGUCGAGCUACGAUCUGGAGGAGGACUGUCGGGCGCUCCCCUUGAAGUUCGGCGAGCUUGAGCCCGGCCUUCCCAAAGCCGAAGAUAUCGGCCGCUUGGACGUGCUGGACUAUGUGGGGCCAGAGCUCAAGGAGGUGCUCACCAAACCCGAGAUGUCGCUCUUGCCGGAGGCCGAGUGGCCCGAGUCGCCUCCGAAGGCAAAGGUCAACGUCGAGAAGCUGGAGGACUGGUGGGCCAUCGCUGCCAAGCUGGUGGAGCGUGGACUGCUGGCCCCUAUACCAGCUGAGCGCAUCUUUGUGGCCCGCGGCCGUCGCGUCACAAAUUGGUUGUUUGCUGCGACGAAGUCGGGGGGACUCAGUGACUCUGGUACCCUCGCCGGCGUGGGUAAGCAUCUCCCUUGGCCCAGAGGGGUGCUGCUCUGGAGUGGGGACGACCAGAAGGGAGCUUUCUUCGUGUACCGCAUCCCUGCGCCGCGGCUGGGCUACAUGGCGAUCUGCACCCCAGUCCCCGGCCAUGUUCUUGGCAUGAAGGCCAAGGAGACAGUGCUGCCCAUGGGCUGGGUGCACAGCGUCCCCAUUUUCCAGAGCGUCCACCGGCGGGUCGCGCUUCUGGGUCGCCCUGCUGGCGCCGCCCUCCCAGCUGACCUGGAGUGGCGGCGCGACCGUCCUAUCCCCGCCGCUGCAGCUGCUCCCCUGUCUCAUGAGGGCCCUCGCGAGUGGUGGAGUGCGUACAUCGACGACUUCGAUAACUGCGAGACGGCUGGGUGCAAGGAGGCGCUCGCGAAGGUGGGCACUCCUGGCCGCCUGCAGGCCCUGAUGAGGGGGAGCUACCAGCGGAAUGCAAUCCCCAUCGGCGUGGACAAAGCCAACCAGAGGCAGCUCUUGGUCACGCGGAUGGGUGUAGAGGUGGACGGGAUCUCAGGCAGGGCCGCCAACAAUCCGAUAAAGAACGUGCAGCUGUACAGCCUUACCAUGUGGCUCCUGACAAAAGAGAACCCCCAUCGGGAACCAGCUCCUCAUUCUCGUGGGACGCUGGGUGAGGGCGCUAGAGUUUCGACGUCCUCUCUUCGGGGUGUUCAACUCGGCGUGGGAGCAGAUUGGCUCGGGCCGUACUGUGUUGACCAGGGCCAGCCUGGACGAGCUGAUGCACAGCUGCCUACUGAUGCCCCUCGCUCCACCAACCUGAGGGCCGCUACCACGAGCGUCGUCUCGUGCUCUGACGCCAGCGAGGGCGGUGCUGGUAUGUGCACGGCCGUGGGGCUCGCAGAGGGGGCCGCGAAGUUCCUGGCAUCUCUCGGGAGCCCUGAGACCUGGGGCCAUCGCAUUGCCAGCUACACCGGCUCGUGCUCGAUCGAGCCGACCAGGAUCGCCCCAGGGGCUCCGCCGCGCGUCCUGUUGGUGAGCUUGUUUGACGGCAUCGGCGGCGCUGCUGUGUCGCUGGUGCGCGCUGGUUUCGAUAUCGUAGGCUACAUGGGCAGCGAAGUCGAUAAAGGGGCUCGCCGGGUGCUGAGAUCGCGCUGGCCUGGCCUGAUCGAGCUGGGCCCAGUCGAGGAAAUUCACGACCGACAGCUUGAGGCUCGGGCAAUGUUCCAGGAUCGGAUUGUCGCCGUGGUCGUUGCGGGAGGCAGCCCUUGCCAGGACACGAGCGGUGUGAACGCCGACCGACAGGGCGCACAUGGCGCUCGGAGCGGCCUGUUCAAGCGCAUACCCAAGGUGGUGAGCGCACUGGCUCUCGUCAUGAAGGUGCCUGUCCAUUGGCUUGUGGAAAAUGUACUCUCAAUGAGCGCAGAAUCCCUCCAUGAGUUCUCCCGCAUCCUCCAGACUAGGCCCAUCAGCGUGUGCAACUCCUUCUUUACCGAGAAUGGAAGGCCACGUUUGUACUGGUUGUCUUGGAGAGAGGCGGCCCUCAAGCUCCCCGGGGCGCACGUGGAGCCCAAGGCCAACUACAACCUCAUGAGGGCGCUCCAGGUCCCGAAGGCUCCUGCUGGCUCUUGGGUUGCCGCAGGGUGCUCCAGGGCCUCGGACGAGGGCCCAGUCUGCACGUUUCUCCAGCGGCGUGAAAAGACUGUCCCGUACAAGCCUGCAGGUUUAUCGACAGCGAGCCCAGAGGCCACCCAGAGGUGGACCCAGGACCUGCACGCGUACCCUCCGUACCAGUACGAGCUAGUUCACAUGAUUCGGGACUCCAGGGGGGACUUGAGGCCCUUGUGUGCCACGGAGAAGGAGGUGCUCAUGGGGUUCCCUCGCCACUACUCGUCGUCCGUAGCCAGCUCGGGCUCCAGCCGUGGCAGCGUUGAGAACGAUCGCUGCAGCCUCUUGGGGAACGCGUUCGCCUGCUGCGUCGUUAGCUGGCUGUUCCUCGGUCUGAAGUGCCAGUUGGGCUGGCCCGUCAGGGCGACUGACCUCGAGGGGAUCACGAGCGAGUUGGAGGUAAAGGACUUGCUCGACGAGUCGGUGGAGUUCUCGAGGGACCCCAUCAAGGAGACCCCCAUCGGCCGCAAGCUGGUCGAGAUUUUCUGGACGAUUGCCGAGAAGUCGGGGAGCGACGUCCGCCUCGACAUCGGUGUGCCUUUCCGCCCCAAGGCGUGGCCGCGAUCCUCGAUCGACCCGGCGCUGUGGCGCUGGCGGCCGACGCUGUCCUUUCCGUGGCCGAAGUCGUCGAGGGAGCUGCAUAUCAACGCGCUCGAGUUGAAGGCGGUGAACGCUUCCUUGCGGCACAGGACUCGCACUACAUCGCUCAGGAGCGUGAAGGUUCUGCACCUUGUCGAUUCCCAAGUUGCGGCUUCGAUACUGACCCGCGGCCGCACGUCGCCGGGGAAGCUUCGGGGACUCGCUCGACAGUACGCUGCUAUACUCGUCAGUUCAGACUUGUAUGUGGGCGUUGGGUAUAUCAAUACCAAGCUCAACCCAAGUGAUCGGCCGUCCAGGGAGUUCUUGAUUAAGAAAUGGCGCCGAAAAAGAGUCCAAGUGACAGCUCGCGGCGGCAGGCGUCGCAGUUGGUUGCACGUGCGUUCUCAAUUCAGUAAGCGAGGCACGCGGCUGCGUGACCUACAGGUCACUAAAGCCACGCGGGAUCGGCACGUUCGAUGUGUCGGUCGCCUUUUUGUGUGGUGGAGAGCGCACAGUGUGAAGCUGUCCUCGCUCAACGACGCGGACAAAAGCCUCAGCUUGUACAUGGAAGCGUGCUGGGCAGAGCUGGAGCCGCUUUACCUGGCGGUCAAUGCGACAGCGGCUUUGCAGUGGACGAUGCCCUCCCUGAAGGGCAACCUGCAGCAGAGUCUGGCGGCCGUGAUCCUCGUCGGUUUCGACGCGUUCAUGCGCACAGGCGAGCUGCUGGUCCCGGUCCCGGCGGACCCGUCGGGCGUGCGGAUGCCCGUGGAGGUGAUGCUGGCCUUGCUCGACCUGCGGGAUGCGCUGUGGAGCCUGCCCACCGCGUCGGACCUGGCCGCCGCCCUGCUGGGCGACGCGCGGGCGCACCUGCUCGGGGUGCACGCCGUGGCGAUGGCCGUCCUCCUCGGGAUGCGGCCGCGCUUCCGGCCGCCCACGGCGAGGAGGCCGCGGCCAGCACGCCGCGCAGCCUGCCGGGAAGAGGCGCGCGGGUGCGCCGGCGCUGGCGGUGCAGGUGGCACCAGUGCCGCCGCGGAGCGCCGAGACGCAGCGGCCCCCUCCGCGGAGGAGGCGCGCUCUGGCGCCGCGCCCACUGCGGCGGGCCGCGCGGCGGAACGCGACGCGCGCGCGGGGGGGGGCCCGCCGGCCGUCGCCCGAGAAGCCGCGUAG